AUGAGCUCCGAAGCAAGACUCUACACCUUCUCCGACGAGACCAAGGACCAGCUCCGCAAGUUCCGCCUCGGCACCUCGCGCGCCCGCGACCCCCAGGCCGUCAUCUACCUCAUCGACCGCGCCACCAAGGAGAUCCGCCAGGACGACGAAAAGACGGUCUACACGAGCCUCGAGGCCAUCGCCGACGACCUGCCCGAGAACUCGCCGCGCUUUGUGCUGCUCAGCUACCCCAUGACGCUGCCGUCGGGCCGCCUGUCGUGUCCGUACGUGCUGCUGUACUACCUGCCCACGACCUGCAACAGCGAGCUGCGGAUGCUGUAUGCGGGCGCCAAGGAGCUGAUGCGCAACACGAGCGAGGUGGGCAAGGUGCUGGACCUGGAGUCGACGGACGACUUUGAGGAGCUGCCGGAGCGUCUCGGGUCGGCGUAG